CUAUCGGCUAAUACAGCAUGGGUACACAGCUAAUACCCAGCACGAAACCACCCAAAAAGCCAGGGUUUCCCUCAUGGCACAGAGAGGAUCUCGGAAAACGGCGGAUGCCAAGGAGAAACACUCCUUUUUCGCCGCAAAACCGAGGGGCCAGAAAACGCCGGCCCAGUCGCAACAAGAUGGCGAUGGAAGCGAAGACGACAGGGACCUUUCGAGACCACACUCCCCACAAGAUACUCUCCAAAUUCAGGGAGAGCACUUCCAAAAAAUGCUUGACGAAGUGGCUACAAAAAUACAAGCCACG